UUUGUGCUUAAUCUUUGGUGGGGUCUUCACACUAAUUUGGCCAGCUGUUGCUUAUUACUGCUUUUGUCCCCACCCCCCUCCCGCUGCGCAACACCUCAUUCAUGGCUUCUGAUUUCUUCUAUUCCCACAUACCCCUUCUCCUUCUCCCCAAAAAGCCCAGUUCUUGCUCAUAAAUUUCUUAUCUUUUCUGUGUUUUCUUGUGUUUCCCACCUGGUUGGUUUGUGUUGGGAGUUCUGGGGUGAGGAGAGUAGGUAUGAGAAAGGGGGUGGCCUGGACUUGGAAGCUUAAUGUAUUUCUGCUUCUGCUGCUUCUCUGCCUUCAUGAUGCCUGUUGCAGUCCAUUGAACAAUCUCAAGAGUUCGGAACUUCCAGAAAAAACGGGGAAUGGUCUUUUACCCCAGACUGCCGCCCCAACUGCAGCGCCUGAGGCUCAGCCGCUUCUUCCUCUUCUGGCGCCUUCUCCUUUGGCACCGUUCACAAAUAGCAGUGUCCCGAAGUUGUCUGGGUCCUGCCCGUUAAACUUUGCUGCUCUGGGAAGCAUGAUAAGCAUGACCUCGAUUGAUUGUGCUGCUCCGUUUGCAAAGUAUCUAGCAAACGUCAUGUGUUGCCCGCAACUGGAAACCACUCUCGUUGUGCUUGUGGGCCAACAUAGUAAAUAUACAAAUACACUCGCUUUAAACGCGACCCUUGCAGAGCAUUGCCUCUCGGAUUUUCAGAAAAUUCUCGAGAGCAGGGGUGCCAAUGAUACGCUACAACAAAUCUGCUCUCUUAACCCGUCAAACCUCACUGAAGGUUCUUGCCCAAUCAGUGAUCUUCAUGAGUUCGAAGCCACAGUGGACACUUCCAGCCUUCUUUCGGCCUGUGGGAGGAUUGAUCUUGUAAACGAGUGUUGCGAACAAAUCUGUCAAACUGCUAUAUCAGAAGCUGCUAGGAAGCUUGCAUUAAAAGCUUAUGAUCUUCCGAGUAUCGGUGGAUCUCAUGUACUGUCCGACCAGUCGCCUAGAGCCAAUGACUGCAAACGCAUUGUACUCCGAUGGUUGGCAAGUAAACUUGAACCUUCAGGUGCAAAAGACGUUCUUCGAGGGCUCUCUAGCUGCAAAAAUAAUCGAGUCUGUCCUCUGGUUUUCCCGAACAUGGGCCAGAGCAUAAAGGCGUGUGACACUGGGAUAAAUAACGAGACGGCAUGUUGUCGGGCCAUGGAGAAAUACGUUUCGCACUUGCAAAGACAGAGCUUUGUCACCAACUUGCAAGCUUUGGAUUGCGCUGCUUCACUUGGUAUGAAGUUACAGAAAGCCAACGUUACCCAAAAUGUUUACAAUCUCUGCCAUAUUACCCUGAAGGAUUUUUCCGUUCAAGUUACGCCAGAAGUUUCCGGGUGCCUUUUGCCUAGUUUGCCAUCAGAUGCCAUACUUGACCAAACCACCGGGAUCAGCUUUGUCUGUGAUUUGAACGAUAACAUUCCAGCGCCUUGGCCAUCUGCAUCUCAGUCGCAUGCUUCAACGUGCAAUAAAACUGUCAGAAUUCCUGCACUUCCGGCUGCUGCAUCUGGGCAAACCGGUCUUUACGUUUCAUCCACAAGGUCUCUUCUGCUCGUAGUAGUCUCAACAUUGCUUGUGCUGCUUCUGCCCUGAAUUCGGUUUAGCCGUUCUUGUCUCUCAAGUUGUAUGAAAGCCUUAUUUGACUGAUCCUUCAAUCAUUGAAAGAAACAAUGGUAGAAGUCAGAAUGGUGAGAAAAUUCUGUUUCAGAUCAGAUGUAAUGUGUACAAAAUGAAAGAAAAAUGGUGCACCUGAGCUGCAAUCUUGGUAGGUGCUUAGAGGUGGUGUUCAUUUCAGAGUUAAAUUUUGUCUAGAGGUUUCAGUAUCACAGAAGAUGAAUUGAAUUCCAUGUAAUUAUCUCUUCAACUUUUCAUAUAUAUGUAUGUAAAAUUCUGAGAAAGCAUUGAAUUGUUUCAACUAAUGUAUAACAUAAGAUGAGAUUUGAAUGUAAUUGUAAAAGUCAGUUCUUGUCACAAUAUCUAAUGUUGCUU